GUAAAUAUUUAUCGUAUGGCAACACCGCCUGCGGGUCGAGGCGCGGCGCGAGGCGGCUACAUAUACAUUAUCAGCGCUGGGUUUGGUGUUGUCGCUCUAGUCAGCGGUCACUCGCGACGCUUCGAACACUAUAUCAAAAUGCCAAAGGUGUCAGUUUACUACUUCCAAUUGAAGUCCCUGGGAGAGAGUCUGAGGAUGCUGCUGGCGUAUGGAGGCCAGGAGUUCGAAGACAUCAGGAUUGAGUUCGCGAACUUCAGCGAAUUCAAACCAGAGACCCCAUUCGGCCAGCUGCCAAUGCUGGUGAUUGACGGCAAGAAAUAUGCCCAAAGUUCAGCGAUCGCGCGCUACCUCGGACGCAAGUACGGGCUCGCCGGCAAAGAUAUCGAAGAAGACUUCGAGAUCGAUCAAGUUGUGGAUUUAUUUACAGAUUUACGUCUUGCUGGUUCAGCCAUCAUGUACGAGAAAGACGAAGCGGUGAGGGAAAAGAAGUUCGCUGAACUGGCGAAGACCAAAUUUCCCUUUUAUCUGCAGAAAUUAGAAGAGAUCUUGACCAAGAACAACGGAUUCCUCGCGCUUGGCAGGCUUACCUGGGCAGAUUUCGUUUUCGUCGGCUAUUUCGACUGCCUCAAAAUGUUACUUCGCACAUCAGACCUCGAAGAGAAGUACCCUAUCUUCAAGAAGCCUAUUGAAACCGUAGUUAACAUUCCAAAAGUCAAAGCGUUCAUUGACUCGGCGCCCAAAUCGGAAAUUUAAAGAAAAAUUCGGCCAGAUACUGAGAACAACAACCAUAAUAUUAUAUUUAUAAAUGUUUAUUUUUUAAGAAUUAGAUACUGAUUAACUAUUAAAACUUUCGUUUUAUA